AUGAACUUGAACAAGCAUGAAACGGAGGAAGGAAACAAUACCAAGUUACAAUAUUUUUUCUUACAAGGAUUUGCCCAGCUUGACGAUUUACGAAUGGUUCUGUUUAUUUUCUUCCUCUUCACUUACCUACUCACUAUUUUAGGAAACAUGAUUAUCAUCAUUAUGGUGCGCUAUCAUGUACAACUUCAUACACCAAUGUACUAUUUUAUCACACACCUAUCUCUCCUGGAAAUGUGGUACAUAUCUACUACAGUCCCAAAGCUUUUGUCUCUCUUGGGAACCAAUGACAAAAGGAUUUCCUUCCAGACUUGUUUUGCUCAGCUUUAUAUGUUUCAUGGCUUAGGUAUGACAGAGUGUGGGUUGCUUGGGGUAAUGGCCUUUGAUCGCUGCAUUGCCAUAUGUAACCCUCUUAGGUAUACUGCUAUAAUGAAUGCUAGAAUGUGCAUGCAGCUUUCCUUGACAUGCUGGACUUUUGGAUUUCUGGCUUCAGUUAUCCCAAUGACACUUACUCUUAUGGUGCCCUUCUGUGGACCUCAUAACAUAAACCAUUACUUCUGUGACUUAGCUCCCCUAUUGAGUCUAGCAUGUAUAGACAUUUCACUCAACCGGAUCAUAAAUAGCUGUGUGAUUGGCUUUGCCACCAUGUUCAACCUUAUGUUAAUCCUUGUCAUGUACUGUCUUAUAAUAUUCUCUAUCAUGAAGAUAAAGUCAAACAGGGGUCGAAAAAAGGCUUUCUCAACCUGCUCUUCCCAUUUGACAGUUGUGGUGAUGUUUUAUGGCUCUGCUUUUACUGUGUAUGUCAGCCCAAGGGGUUCUCUUUUGGAAGACCAUGAUAUGUUCUUUGCAUUAGUGUAUGCCAUGUUAACCCCUUUAUUAAAUCCCAUCAUCUACAGUUUGAGGAACAAGGAAGUAAAGGAGGGACUUAAAAAAAGCUUAAACAGGAUUCAGGAUUAUUUCAGAAUGAGAUAA